AUGCCAUUCAGCAUGUCUAGGAGAGGAUUGCAUAUUGCAAUAGAAGAGAAAAAGAUAUUGGUUCAGAGAGUGGUGAAAAAGCACCAAGAAGAACUCCAGAAGGAUGUGUCAGAACAGAAGGACCAUAGAAAAGUAUGUGAAGCAGUUCAGCAGGAGUAUUACAAUAAGACAGGAGAGCACAUCACCAUAAAUAUGACAAUUGUCUGCCAACAUCCCAAUAAGGUACCCAGCCUGCAUGAAAUGCGAGCCAGUCAAUCACACAUCAAGCUGGAGGAAGUUAAAGUUGUUAUAGAAGCACUGAAUGAGUAUGGAACAGCAUUGCCACCUGCUGUUAUCUUCAAAGGCCAAGGGUACCAAGAAACAUGGAGCAAUGAUAAUCCCUUGAAUGCAUUGAUUGGAUACUCAAAAAAGGGAUGGACUGAGAGUAUGAUCAGGAAAGUACUUGAUGUAGUCAUCUUCACGCAGCUAAAACACUUCUGGACCCUCGAGCAGAACUCACUGCCAGACAAGGUGACCAAGGAUAACUUCCUCUCACUCAUGGUUUGGCCAUGGGUAAAGGCUCUGACACCAGAAUCAAUCCAGUCAGCAUUCCAUGUUACUGGUGUUUGGCUGCUGGACCCAAACACAGUCUCUGCUGACAAGAUGGCACCUAGUUGGGCUACUGUUGCUUCAGCAGCUAUGCCAGUGGUUCAACCAACACCUGUUCAUUGGAUUAGCUGUUUCUUCAGCUCCCUCAACAACCCUGACUCACAGGGCAACAGCUUGGACAUUGAUGAGCACAAGAUCUUGAUGCCACAAGUCCAGAGCAUUUACAAGAGCCUUCACCAGUCAGAAUUGACCUCAUUUCUAGUGGAAACAUUGAAUGAGUUGAUGCUUGCUAAUGCUCUUCACAAAUUCUGGAGUCAAGUAUGGCAAGAUCAGUGUGCACAGGCAUCUGAACGUGCAAUCAUUGUGUUGCAGAACUGGUACUGUGAUCAAGUUCAUUGUCAGCUCACAGAGAGGGAGAGGAAAAGGGUAAAGCAAACAUGUCUGAUGGGCAAUGGCAUACCAAAAUUACUUACAAGUGACAAGUUUUUUGCUCUGGUCCAAGAGCAUGGGCAGCGUAUUGCAGUGCUUGGAGCUGCUAAGGAGCAGAGGGCGACAGGGCAGAAGGCAUAUGAGGAGGCAAUGGCUAUGUGGAACAAUGCAAAAAAACAGCAAGAGCAGAUGGAAUGGCAAGCUGAGAAUGAGUGCUACAAGAUUGAGAAAGUGGUAGCUAAGGCUGAAAAGCAACCUUGCAACUUACCUAAACCUGCUGGCAUCCAUAGUCAUCUUUUGUGUAAGGUCUCCAAGCCAGUUUGCAAGAUGUUCCUGCCUUCCAGGACUGCUGGAGAGGGAAUGGACAGGAUGUGUGAGGGGGAGGAGGAUGGAAAUGGAUUUGGUGAUUCAGAAUCAUCUGAAGAGGAAGACUACUUGUCAUACACUGUUCAAGAGGACAGGAGCAUCAAGGGGGAAGAGAGGGCAAAUGUGAAUGUGAGGCAGCUGAUGGUGGUUGGGUUGGGUCAACGCAAAACCAUUGCUUCUAGUCCUGUGCUAAGGAUUUGUGUUUGA